AUUCAAAGAAUAUGAGUUGAACGCAUGAUUGAUUGUCCAUGAGUGGAGGUGUCCGGAGUGAUGCUGUCCAAACUUCUGAUACUUAUUUUCUGUAAAGAAAGCCCUAAAAGGCAACUGAUUCAUCCCUUCCCCCUGUCGUUUUCUUACCCACUUUUCACGUUCUUCUCAACCUCAGUAUGUUUCAGUUUAAAAUCCUCCAAUUCUCAAACCCAUUUCAAAACAAUGCUCCUUAGUUGUUAAUCCGUUCGCUAUGGACGCCGACUCCGGCAGCGUCUCCUCUUCUUCAUUUGAUUCCGCCUCCGUUGCUACCGCCGAUCAGCUCCAGAAUGCAGCUCGGGGUCGAGGCCAAGCGUUGUCGAGUGAAUCGCCACGUUCUUGGCGGGAUAUUUUCUGGUCCAUUGUUUUUAUAAUUCACUUGAUCAUUGUGGGAUUUGUGCUCGUGAUUCUGGGGCUUAAUAGGUUCAAGAAGAGCAAUAGGUUACAAAUCGAUAAGUUCACCAAUACAAUUAUGGAGAAUCGGGUUGGAUUGACAGAGGAUUACUGGCCGCUUUUUGCUUUGGCAGGUGGAGUUGGAACCUUACUUGGCUGGACUUGGUUGUUCUUGCUUGGUUCUUUUGCAAAUCAUGUAAUGAAAAUUUCUGUGCAUAUUUUGACUACUUAUCUUGCUGUGAUAAGUGUAUUGUGCUUCUGGGGCCAGCUUUUUUUCUGGGGUGUAGCGUUUGCAAUCGGUGCAGGGCUGCAGUUCCUGUAUGUUAUAUCAGUUAUAGACAGACUACCAUUUACAUUGCUAGUGUUGCAAAAGGCUGUAAAGAUGGUAUCCGGGCUACCUGAAGUUAUUAGAGUUGCUUAUACUUUCAUGAUUGUCAUGCUUUUGUGUAUGGGAGUUUGGUCUUUCGGAGUCGCUGGUAUCGUGGCUUCGAGUAUGGGAGACGGUGGACGUUGGUGGCUAAUUGUGGUUUUCUCCAUAAGCUUAUUCUGGGUUGGUGCUGUUUUUUGUAAUACUCUACAUGUUAUAGUUUCUGGAAUGGUGUUUCUAGUUCUAUUCCAUGGUGGUGGAGAAUCAUCAUCUUUGCCAUCGAAGUCAUUGGCUUGGGCCUCACGGUAUGCGGUGACGACAUCUUUUGGUAGCAUUUGCUAUGGAUCUCUUUUUACAGCAGCCAUUCGGACACUGCGGUGGGAGAUCAGGGGAAUUCGAUCGAAGAUCGGCAAGAACGAGUGUCUACUUUGUUGUGUUGAUUUUUUGUUUCAUCUCGUCGAGACUCUUGUUCGUUUCUUUAACAAAUAUGCAUAUGUCCAGAUAGCAGUUUAUGGUAAAAGCUUCAACCGUUCAGCUAGGGAUGCGUGGGAGCUGUUCCAGUCAACUGGAGUUGAAGCUCUUGUUGCUUAUGAUUGCUCAGGUGCUGUUCUGCUGAUGAGCACCGUCAUGGGCGGUCUCAUUGCUGGGACUUGCUCGGGCAUUUGGACAUGGUUUAAGUGGAAGGAUAAGGUGUCGAUGGUGGCGUGUACCGCAACAUUGAUGGGAAUGGUUAUGGCAGGCCUUGCAAUAGUGGUCGUGGAAAGUGCCGUUACAUCCAUAUACAUCUGUUAUGCAGAAGAUCCAUUGCUGAUUCACAGAUGGGAUAUCGAAUUUUUCGACCAGAUGUCGGAGAUGCUUCACCAGCGCCUUCAGCAUCGGAGUGCACGAGCAAGGGAAGUGUUAACGCAGUAUCGGUUUGACAGCCGCAGAGAAGAACUGGCACAGCGUGUGGCGUUAGCGGCGCAAUUUACUUGUCGAUACUAUGCCUAACGGGAUGCUCGUGCUUGUACUCUUGCCUUUACCGCUCGAAAAUGAGGGGACAGU